UCUCUAAGUCUAACUUUUUUUAGCGAGUAUUAAGUUUCUUUCUACACACUCACUGUAAUAUAACAAACAUCUCCCUAUUCUUAUCUAAAGUCCCUCUCUUUAAAGUCACUCCAUCCAGCACAGUUUAAUUUCCUCAGAACCAGCCAUGGACCUCAAUUCUGCGGAUAAGGCUUUGAGGUGGAUGCGGAGAGACGAGAAGCCUCAUGCCCGUUUCGAAGGAAUAGCCAUCCUCUGGAUCGCGUUCUCAUCCGUUUGGACUAUCCUCUUGGUUGCUGGUAUGGCAUUCCUUUAUAGGCGACGUGAUAUGCCAAUCCUUCGAAUUCGCGGCCUUCUUCUUUCAUUUGGCUCUGUUAUUCUACUCCACCUCUACUGGAUCGCCGUUCAGUGGGUUUAUGUCGUCGCGCUUCUCUUCCCGCCUGCCGUUGAGUUCUGGAUCAUGAGCAUUUGGCUUCCGUUUGGCAUUGCUUUAUUCCACGCUUCUAAUAGCCGCUUCCUCUAUGUUGCUAAAUCUCAAAGGAACUUAUUUGCUGGCAAAAAUGCUAGGCCAAAGUCAGAACGAGUUCCAAAACAGGGCUUGAUCGGGCGUUAUUCCAAUCUUAACUAUACCAAGAGAAUGCUAGUCCUCGUUGGCCUUGGUAUGCUAUUCCAAUUGCUCUUAACUACUUUUAUGUUCCUGGUUUCGCGCAAAUUUCACGACUCAUUUGGUAUUUCUGGUACAGAGGUUACUGGCACAGAAUCGCAACGGAAGGCAGCAGCCCGUAAAGGUUGGGAAUGGUGGCCUUCCAUUGUUUGGCAACUAGUCUGGGCUUGGGUUAUCGCUCCUGUUAUUCUAUGGAAGUCUCGAAACAUCCGCGAUACUCAAGGAUGGAGAGUUCAAACCAUUGCAUGUUGCCUGGCUAACCUUCAUGCGGCUCCAAUGUGGCUUAUCGCUCUCUAUCUCCCUGCCAUGGCACCCGUUAAUAAUGUUUUCGUUCCUCCACAAUGGAUAGCCCUAUCCAUUAUGAUCAUUGAGGUGUUUACUAUCUUCCUUCCAUGCUGGGAGGUUCUUCGUCACCAAUCUCUCCGGCAAGAAACCCUUGAUAUCAUCUCUCAGUGGGAGUCUAAAAAGACGACCAUAGCUAUUAGUAGCGCGAAAUCUGCUUCUACUAGAUUAACGAUAGCGACAGGAUCGUCGCUGACCGCUUGGUCUAAGGGAGAAUCUAUUAAAUCUUUUAAUUCUUCUGAAACUAUAUUUACUAUGGGGGCUCUUGAAUGUAUGCUUGAACGCAACCCAGAGCCCCUUCAACAGUUUUCUGCCCUACAUGACUUUUCAGGCGAGAAUAUCGCUUUCCUUCGAGCUGUUGCCGAGUGGAAGUCAUCUCUUCCUGCCUCGUUCCGAGGUUCAAGCAACCAGGAGCAGUAUUCCGCCAUUCAAGAACUUAUCCAUGAACGAUUCAACAGCGCGUUACGCAUCUACGCCACCUUCAUCAGCACUCGAGACGCCGAAUUUCAGGUGAACCUAUCCUCUCAGGACCUGAAAAACCUUGAGGAUAUAUUUGAGGUUUCGGCUAGGACUCUGUAUGGAGAUAAACGCCCGGUAGACCCGGCGCUGCCCUUUGAAUCAUUCAACAUGACCUCACUAGCCAACGUCAACUCUUCUGCUGCAUCUGCUCAUGGGUCCGAAGAUGGAAUCUUUACUACAUCAAGAGAAGUGAAUGCUAGUGCUCUUUGGUGGGGAGAUAUCCCUGAACAUUUUAAUGGGAGCAUCUUUGAUGAUGCUGAGGCCAGUAUUAAAUAUCUGGUCUUGACAAAUACUUGGCCCAAGUUCGUCAAGGCCAAGCGAAAUUCUUUGGAAUCUAUGUACAGCUAG